AUGUCGGAUGCAAAUCCGGAGAGAGGCAUAAUAUUCAGCACUUCGGCGGAAACUUUUUUCGUCGCCACAUCGAAUGAUGUAAGUGAAUAAUUAGUUAAAUAGAAAAAUUCGAAUUUUUCAGGAAGUUCUAAUGCGAAAAAAUGAGUGGAAUCGUGAUUUUAAAAUGGGAGAUUGUAUCAAUAUUUUAUCAACAAACAUGACUUUGUGGAAAAGUGGGAGUGAACGACAUAUGAAAAGGAAUAUAACGAAUUGCGUGAAAAUCGAGGAUUUUUUGGAUUGGAAACCACAAAAUAAUAGGAAUGGUGUUCUGAUAACCACUGGAAUUGUUGAUUUGCAAAUGAGGAAUCAUCCGAUUUCAAAUAUAUUAGUUCGAUGUUUUCAAACGCCAUUUCUUGAGGUUUGUUUUGUUUAAAAACAUCGUUAAAUUACUCGAUUCAGGAAGUUUAUGAUAGCGAGAUAUCAAAGACUAUUAUGUAUUCCGAGCGAGAAAUGAUGAAGAUGAGAAUUGUCGCGGUUCAUAUAGGAAGCAAUAAAAAUAGCGGUUAUUGGGCUGUUUUGGAUAUAGUGAAUUCCAUUGAGAUGAAUCGAGUCAAGCGAAAUUCGUAUGAUGGUCGAAAUCUUAAAAAGGGUAUUUGUUUGGAAGCUACAGAAUAUCGAUCGAAAAAUGGCAGAAAUGACAUUUAUUUGUGGAUUCCGAAUCGUCGUGAACGCAUCACAUUUCCAGAAGAAUUAAGAGGACCAGCUGAUAAAAUGAAGUUUUUCGGAAAUUGGGUCAAGUUCACUGUGAAUAGUAAUAAUAGAAUGGAUGAAUAUAGUGAUGUUCAAAUUAUUGAAGAUGUUCUUCCAACGAGAUUUUUCAAAAAUCGAUAUGAAAUCAAAGUUUUGGUUGAUUUCGAUGUGGAAUCUUGGAAUGGGAAGGGGUAUCCAGAAAUUUCGAGUACUCAUUGUGGAUUGAUUGCUGAUGUGACUGAUACUUUACGUGAGUGUUUUUUCAUUUUUUUUGGCGCCCAAAUUUUAAAUUUCAAUUCCAAAAAAAAAUACGUUUCAAAAUUUUCAUAUAAAAAUAAAAUUUGAAAAUUUUUUUGAUUCGCUAGUUGAUCACGUUUCAAAAAAUAGAGAUUUUCAGGAUUCUAUAAAAAGCUGAAUUCAUUUUCCGGAGAAGCUUGGGUUCAUUAUUUUCCGCAUGAACCAACGAGAGGAAUUCGAUUUGUGUUAUCAGAAAAACAAGAACAUUGGGAUGAGGAAUCUGGAAUUCAAGAUGGUUACGGUAGACGAGAAAGAUCAAGACCUCCUACUAGGAAUAAUGGAAGUUAUGGUAAUUCGACAGAUUUCAAUAGAAGAGAAAGAUCGAGGCAACGAAAAGAAGAAGAAUUUGAGCAUAGUGAUUUGAGAAGACCAAGAUCAGUGAGCAGAAAACCAAGUCAUCCACCAGAACAAGAAAAUGAUUCCGAUGAUUCAUGGGAUCAGGAAGCGAAUCGAAGAUCGAGAAUGAGAGAAUAUUCAAGACCACCAAUGAGAUCACCUGAAAGAUCAAAUUAUCGAGACAAUUUUGAUCGUAGAAGAGAAAGAUCAAGAACCCGUGAAGAUUUUGAUAUUGUUGAUCAAAGAAAUCGAGAAUAUGAAAGAAGAUCGAGAGAAACUUCGAGACCACCUUCAAGAAAAAAAGAUGAUACAAAUAGUAUUCCAUCAACAUCUCGAAGUUAUAAUGAUGAUCUAUCAAAAGUUCAGACGAAUUUGAAAAAAUUGAAGACAAGAUAUGAAUAUUUGACUGCAAAUAAUAUGCCGAUUCCUGAAAAAUUGAGAGAAGAUUUAGGAAAUGCGAUUGCAGAAGAAAUUCGAUUGAAGAAAAACAAUCAGGAUCAGGAUGAUAGAAAAUCGGGAUCAUCAAGAGUUGAAGUGGAUGAAGAAGAUUUGCAAAAAUAUAAAGAGGUGAGCCAAUUUUGAAAUAAAAUUUGAAAUUUCAAUAUUAUUUUUUUUAGCUCGUCGUAAUGUUCCGUGAAAUGUUGUCUUCUCAAGAAGUUUGUGAAGAAAUGCGAAGAUUUGAUGAAAUUGCAAUGGAUAAUAUUAAUCAACUACUUUUUGAUUUGUAAAUAGGUAAUUCUACACUUUUCAUGUACUCACUUGUUAACAGUUUGUUAUGUUUUUAUUUAUUUAUUUUCACCUCACAAUCAGUUCAAUACAUGUUAUUUUAUCUAAUUUUCUGAAUUUCAAAUUUCUCCGUGAAAAACUUCGGAAUUUUCUUAUUUUCAUGAAAUAUUAAAUCAAAUUUACAAUUAGGUUUUCAUGUAAAAAAUAUUUGAACUACUUUUUUCUGCAGAAUGGUGGAUCAGAAUCCGGAGAGAGGCAUUAUAGUGGGGUCCGCAUCAGAAACUAUCUUCAUCAUCACAUCAAAUGAGGCGAGUGGUUUUUUUUAUUUUAAAAUGAAUAUUCCUCAAAAUUUUGCUAUUUUUCAGGAGGUUAUAAUGCGUCAAAAUGAUCGAACCCGUAAUUUGGAAAUGGGUGAUUGUCUGCAUAUUUUAUCAACAAGCACAACGAAUUGGAGAAAUCCGGCUGGAUUUCAAGAAGUCAGACGAGUUGUCGAAAAUUUCGAGAAGGUUCCCGCUUUUGUUGAAUGGAAAUAUCAAAGUAAUCGGAAAGGUAUUAUAAUUAUGGCGAAUAUUAUUGAUGUUAGAAUGUUACGACAUCCAGAAACAAAUCAAUUUGUGCGAUGUUUUCGAACGGAUUUCAUGGAGGCAAGAGGUUUUCUUGAAAUUUUCACAUAAAAUCAAAAUUCGAUUUUCAGGAAGUCUAUGAUAGUGAUCUUUCGAGAACUGAAAAUUACACGGAGCGAGAACUUAUGAAGAUGAAAAUUGUUACUAUGCGAACUGUCACAAAAUUACGGCAGGCGUAUUGGGCAUUGAUUGAUGUUCAGCGAAAUGAUCCUGAUAACGUUGGUUCUACAGAACAAUUUCGAAACCGAACUUUAUGUAAUGGAAUAGCGCUCAAAAUGAGUGAACAGCAUUCAAGAAAUGGCCGAAAUGAUAUUUAUUUUUGGAUCCCAUAUCGUAGAGAUCAAGUUGUGUUCAAGGAACAUCUAAGGUUGGAUUUUAAAAAAAAAUAUAUAUUUUCUAAUUUAAUUUCACAAUUUUUAGAGGUAAUAUUCCAAAAAAUAAAUUUAUCGGAACUUGGGUGACAUUCACAUUAAAUAGUUCUUAUCAAAUGGAUGAAUUCAGUGAUGUUAAAUUUGUCAAUGAUAUUUUUCCAACAAGAUUCUUUGCAAAUCGAUGUGAAGUCAAAGUGUCUGUUAAUUUCGAUAAAAAUACAUGGAAACAAGGUUGUUAUCCUGAGAUGAUGAGUCAACAAUGUUCUGGAAUUGUGGUUGAUUUAACAGGCACUUUGGGUAAGAUUAUUAUUAUGAGCUUUAAAAAUAUAGUAUAAUAUUUUCAGAAAAAUAUGGGAUGCUGAAAUCGUUUAACGGUCAAGCUUGGGUUCAUUAUUUUCCGCAUGAACCAACGAGAGGAAUUAAAUUUGUGUUAUCAGAAAAACAAGAACAUUGGGAUGAGGAACCUGGAAAUGAUGGAUUCAGAAGUCAAGGAAGAUCAAGAUCACCUAGGAAUAAUGGAAGUUAUGGUAAUUCGACGGAUUUCAAUAGAAGAGAAAGAUCGAGGGCACGAAGAGAAAAGGAAUUUGAGCAAAGGUAAGUUUUUGAAUAUUUAGAAAAAAUAUUGUAUUAGUGAUUUGAGAAGAUCAAGAUCAGUGAGCAGAAAACCAAGUCAUCAACCAGCAGAAGAAAAUGAUUCCGAUGAUUCAUGGGAUCAGGAAGUGAAUCGAAAAUCGAGAAUGAGAGAAUAUUCAAGACCACCAAUGAGAUCACCUGAAAGAUCAAAUUAUCGAGAAAAUUUUGAUCGUAGAAGAGAAAGAUCAAGACCUCGAGAAGAUUUUGAUAUUGUUGAUCAAAGAAAUCGAGAAUAUGAAAGAAGAUCGAGAGAAACAUCGAGAGCACCUUCGAGAAAAAGAGAUGAUACAAGUAGUAUUCCAUCAACAUCUCGAAGUUAUAAUGAUGAUCUAUCAAAAGCUCAGGCAAAUUUGAAAAAAUUGAAGACAAGAUAUGAAUAUUUGACUGCAAAUAAUAUGCCGAUUCCUGAAAAAUUGAGAGAAGAUCUUGGAAAUGCGAUUGCAGAAGAAAUUCGAUUGAAGAAAAACAUUCAGGAUCAGGAUGAUAGAAAAUCAGGAUCAUCAAGAGUUGAAGUGGAUGAAGAAGAUCUACAAAAAAAAAAAAAAUUUUUUCGAUUGAUUGCAGAAGAAUAUUUACCUCGAGAAAGAUUUUGAUAUUGUUGAUCAGAGAAAUCGAGAAUAUGAACGAAGAUCGAGAGAAACUUCAAGACCUCCAAUGAAACAUGAAAAUGAAAGGGAAAAAUCAAGACCCCGUGAAGAUUUCGAUAUUGUCGAUCAAAGAAAUCGUGAAUAUGAAAAGAAGAUCGAGAGAAACUUCAAGAGCACCUUCGAGAAUUGA